AUGUCCACCUCCGCAUCCUCGUCGUCCAUGCUCGGGGCGCAGACUUCCGGAGCCCUCACCAAUUCCACCGCCGCCGCCGCAUCGUCCGCCCUCACGUCGCCAGCCUCUCAGGCCGUCCACGUGGCUAGCGUCAAGACGCACGUUCCCGUCGUCCUCGACCUGCAGCAGUCCAACUACGCCAAGUGGCGCAUGCUCAUCACCGUCCUCCUCGGCAAGUACGAGCUCAUGGACCACAUCUCUGCCGUCACGCCGCCGGACGCUCGCACCACCGAGUGGCAGCGCCAGGACUACGUCGUCCGCUCGUGGCUCUACGGCUCCAUCAGCGACGACAUCCUGGACACCAUCAUGGCCCAAGAUCAGACCGCGGAUGACGCCUACGCGCUGAUCCGGAACCUCUUCCUCGACAAUCAGCUCACCCGGGCCGUCUACCUCGAGGCACAGUUCCGGGCCCUCGUCCAGGGCGACCUCACCAUCACCGCCUACUGCCAUCGCCUGAAGGCCCUCUCCGACGCGCUGGCGGACGUGGGGCAGCCCAUGACUAACCAGACCUUGGUCCUCACCUGCCUUCGGGGUCUGAACCCGCGCUUCUCCGACAUCACGACCCUCGUCACGAUGCAAGUUCCGGCUCCCACCUUCCUGCAGACGCGCUCCAUCCUCCUUCUGCGCGAGAACCAGCUCGCCAACGCUACUCCUGGUGGCUCCCUCUUGUCUCAAGUCGCUCUCUAUGGCAAUACCGCCGGGUCCUCCACCGGCGGCAACCCGGGCGGCCGCGGCAACUCGGGCGGCCACGGCGGCCGCUG